AUGGCCGUCCUCUCCCACUCUUUCCUGGUUUUAUUGCGCGCCCUGGGGCUCGCAAUUGGCCUUGUAUUGCUGCGCGGAGUCGUAUGGCUCGCGAACAUGCUGCUUUGGGCGCCCCUCUUUGACCCCCUGCAGAAGCUUCCUGGACCGACGGGAGCGUUCUUUGAAAGCCACCUCGCUCAGGCUUCCAAUCCUCAGGACAGCCCAGACAGUUAUGAGGAGUGGAGAAGGGCACAUGGCGAUACGGUUCGUUUUCACGGUUUCGGAAAGCAUGACUAUCGCCUGUUGUCGUUUGAUUUUCGCGCUAUAACCCACGUAUUGACUUCUCCGGUCUACGAGAAGCCCUGGCAAACGCGCUACUAUCUGUCCAAACUAAUUGGGCGAGGCAUCUUCUCUACUGAAGGACACGAGCACAAGAUGCAACGCAAACUCAUUAGCCCCGCCUUUUCGUCUCAGGUUGUCAAGAAUUUGUCACCCAUCUUUCUUGACAAGGCUGAACAACUUUGCGACAUCUGGGACGGUGAAAUAAGCGCUCAGGGUGUCGACUCCGGCAAAACUGUGCUCAAUGUUGCCCACUGGCUGUCUCGCACUACAUUCGAUAUCAUUGGCCUCGGUGGUUUCGACUAUUCGUUCAACUCGUUAGAGGACGAAUCUGAACCCAUUCACAUGGCGUUCCGACGCAUGUUCCGAACUACAGACAACGGUAUCGGACUGCGAGACAUUGUGGAAAUGUAUUUCCCGAUAAUUAACUCUCUUUGGCCUGACGAAGCGUACAAAACUGUCCGGGAGAGCAGACAACUAAUCGGCGAAGCAGGCGAAAGGAUUAUCUCCCAGAAGAGGGAAAGGAUUCUCGCCGAGGGCAAAGACUUCAGCAGCAAAGACAUUCUCAGUCUUUUGAUCAAAGCCAACAUGUCGACUGAUCCAUCGUCGCAACUCAGCGACAAAGACCUGUUGGACCAGUGUACGACGUUCCUAUUGGCAGGAUCAGAUUCGUCUUCUGUCGCAAUGUCGUGGUGUCUUCAUCUGCUCGCCACUCACCCAGACGUCCAAAACCAGCUGUACGACGAGGUCUGCACCGCUGCCAAGGCCAGCAAGGUCUACGACGAGUAUGACAGCGACCACUCUGAUGAUUCAGGCUUCGCAGAGGAACCCCAGUUGCGAAGCCAAGCCGCUACGUCGCGUGCCAGGACAGCCUUCCUCGAUGCCAUCGAAUCCCUCCCUUACCUCAACGGCGUCGUAAAGGAGACGCUCCGACUCUAUCCCCCUGUUCACAGUACCAUCCGCGUGGCUACUGUGGACGAUGAAAUCCCUCUAUCGAAGCCCAUGACAAUGCCAGACGGUUCCAAGGCAUCGUCCGUCAAGAUUGCGAAGGGCUCGUACGUCCAUAUCCCUAUCGAAGGCGUCAACAACGCCGAGGAUAUCUGGGGCUCUGACGUUAAUGAAUUUAAACCUACUCGCUGGAUCAAGCUCCCUGCCGCCGUCACUUCCAAUUUCCCUGGUCUCGGUAACCUCAUGACAUUCGGCUAUGGUCCAAGUUCUUGUGUGGGAUCGAAGUUCACGGUCUCAGAGCUCAAAAUCAUUAUCGCCACUCUCGUCUCUAGGUUCGAGUUCACCCCCGCUGAAGGCGCAAAAAUCAACAAGUAUAAUUGUAUCAUCACUCGCCCGUACAUCGAGGGCCGAUGGGCGGAGGGUACACAACUCCCGGUGCAGGUCCAACGUAGAUGUCCGUGA